AUAUGAAUGCACCUCUCAUUAUUGACUCAUUCCUAAUCUUCCAAACAACCUAGCAGAAACUUGAGUUGACUUUCAUUUUAGACAGUUAAUUCAGAAAUAAGUAACAAGAAGAUGAUGAAUGAAAAGAUGAAAGCUUUGAUGAUUGGUGUUGUAGGUGCAGGGAUGACACUUUCUGCAUAUUCUCAGACAUACAUGUCUCCGACUCAGUGUAUCGGCACAGGCCUUGUUGUCCUAAUUGUCGGACUUCUGGUCGGUGAAGGUUUUCUCCCUAUUUAAUCUCCCAUUUUUUUGUGGGUCUCCUGAGACACGGGUUAGAUCCCGUGUAUCUAGUAUCAGAUACACAUGGAUGGACCCACAUCCCCUUGUCGAGGAUCUGGAAUCUAAAUCCUUUUUUGGUUUACCUUUUUUUUCUUUCUAUUUCAUGAAGUUGCGACUUUAACGUUGAAUCAAAAACACUAUAGUCAUAAGAUAGCCGGUGAUAAUACUAUGUGUGUGACCUGAUGUAUAAUUAUUUUGGAAAUCAAGUUCUUACUUUCUUAUCAA